GUAUUGUGGUUAAUGUCAUAAAUUCAGCAUGGCGGCCGGUCCGAUAGCAGAAAGAAAUCAAGAUGCGACUAUCUAUGUCGGAGGUUUGGAUGAGAAAGUAUCAGAAACUUUGUUAUGGGAGUGCUUUCUACAAGCUGGACCAGUUGUCAAUGUACACAUGCCAAAAGACAGGAUAACACAACAGCAUCAAGGUUACGGGUUUGUUGAGUUCUUAGGUGAAGAAGAUGCAGAUUAUGCCAUUAAAGUAAUGAACAUGAUAAAGAUGUUUGGCAAGCCAAUUAGAGUUAAUAAGGCUUCAGCUCACAAUAAAAACUUGGAUGUUGGUGCUAAUUUAUUUAUUGGGAAUCUUGACCCAGAGGUUGAUGAGAAACUUCUGUAUGAUACGUUCAGUGCUUUUGGGGUGAUUCUUCAAACUCCUAAGAUCAUGAGAGAUCCUGACACUGGUAACUCUAAAGGCUUUGCUUUUAUCAACUUUGCAAGCUUUGAAGCUGCAGAUGCCGCAAUAGAAGCCAUGAACGGACAAUAUUUAUGUAAUCGACCAAUCACUGUAUCAUUUGCAUUUAAAAAAGACUCCAAAGGAGAAAGGCAUGGCUCUGCUGCAGAGCGUUUACUUGCUGCUCAGAACCCACUUACACAAGCUGAUCGCCCACAUCAACUCUUUGCUGAUGCCCCACCGACAACUGUGCCAAAUGUUCCACCCAUGUCAGUUGCGACCAUGCCUCCUAUGGGGAUGGGUAUGCCAAUGGGUAUGCCUGGUCCUCCACCCAUGGGAAUGCCUCCUGUCCCUUCAUCGAUGCCACCACCAGGCAUGCCUCCCCCUGGAAUGAUGCCGCCACCUGGCUUCCCAGGGUUCCACAUGCAACCAGGCAUGAUGCCAGCACAUGGGAUGCCUCAGUUUGACCCGAUGCAGCACCAGCAUAUGCAGCACCAGCCACCACCUCCUCCAUCAAAUAUGCAGGGGGGUAUGCCAAUGCAUAUGCAAAUGAUGGGACAGCCCCCUCCGCCUCCGCCAGACAUGAACCAUCCACAUGGUAUGCAGUUUAUACCAAUGCCGCCACCAAUGGGACAAAACAUACAUCAACCGCCACCCCCACCACAACAGGCAUAGUCUAUGAAAUAUGCCAUAUUUCUGGUAGGAAACCAUGCUCUGCUCUAAGAGCAGAUAUCUCAUGUGACAGUGAAACAUAUAUUGUACAGACCUAUAUCACCUUGAAUAUGAUCAUCGUACUUUGUCCGAGCACUCAUAUUGGAUAAAGAUUGGGACACACUAAAUGACAAUUCAUGCACUGAAACAAAAUAUGGUCCCCGAUUCGAAUAAAUUAUUGUUCUGCUAGAACUCUUUUCUUUUUUUAAGUGAACACAAUGCUAGUCAGUCCAGAACAAUAGUUUUUUCAAAAUUUACUCCAUAUUUUGAUUUGGUGUAUAGGGAUGAAGUAAGAUUAGGUAGCAGAAAAAUUUUUUCUCUUCAUUCGACAUGUUUAUUUUUAUUUAAGGAUACAUUCUUGUUGCUUUGAUAUUUUACCCUGCGACAGUUGCAAGAAACCAAACUAUGAUUCCUUGUGUCAGGCAACAGGGACAAAAUAAGUCCAAUUUCCAUAUUAAUAWUGUGUGUAGGUACUUACUUACUAAAUUGACCUGUUGCUGUGGCAACAUAAAAAUGAACCAAUGAGCUCUUAGUUCCCAGGAUUACUCAUAAUGGAAUAUAAGAUUCCUGGCGUUAAAGUUACUUCUUGUGCACCGCCAUGCUAGUGACUUUUUCUUGCAAUUUGCACACUUUGUGCGAAAUUACCACAGUGAGCCGUCCCUGUGACUUGUCAUCUAGUGUGCCCCAACCUCAAUGGUUUUGUUCAAUGUGAUUGGUUCCUUGUGCCGUGCCGUUUCACAGUUACAUGAUAAUCUCCUCUACCAAAGCAGUGAAGACAACAACUGCCGUCAUCAUGUAAAAAGAUCAUGUACAUCUUGAAUAGAUGUGUUAAACAAGGGCAAAGAUUGCGAGAGAUUUUAAGGGUAACUUGUACAUAGAAGUCCCAGCCGAAGGUGACGAACACUUCAAAAACAUAUUUUUAAGCAUUUGCUGAGCAAAAUAACAGUGCAGUCUUAACAUGAUUUGAAUUAUGGUGUAAAUUUUUUAUUACAUCCCAAAACAAGAGAGAAAAGGCUUCUUCUUUGGUUUCUGAACACUAUUUAUGUAAUUCAAUAGAAACAGCAUAAGACGCAUCCUCGGUAAUCAAGGGAUAAAAUUUUGUCGCUCGUUCCUCGAUGCAAAAGACCUUGAGUCAUACAAUAUAACGAAGUUGACAAAGAA